AUGAAGUGUGGGAAGAGCUUCAGUAACAAGACUUUACUAUCAUCAGAGGAUCCACAUAAGAAAAAAAACCAUAUAAAUGUACAGAGUGUGGAAAGACUUACUCAGAAAGGACAUUUUGUUUGUCAUGAAAGGAUCCACACAGGGGCUAGACCUUAUAAAUGCAUCGAAUGUGGAAAAGCCUUCAGUACAAACUGUAAUCUGGCUCGCCAUCAGCAGAUCCACAAAAGUAAAAAAGGAUAUAGGUGCAAGGAGUGUGAAAAGACAUUCACUGAGAGUAGUGAUAUUACUUCCCAUCAAAGGCUACACACAGGGGACAAUCCAUAUAAUUGCCUGAAAGAUGGAAAGGACUUUAUUGUCAACAGAGAUCUUACUCAACAUCAAAGAUUCCACAGAGUAGAUAAACCAUAUAAAUGCUUGGAGUGUGGAAAGAGCUUCAUUCAGAAAGGAAAACUUAAUUCUCAUAAAAGGAUCCACACAGGAGAGAGACCAUAUAAAUGCAUGGAGUGCAGAAAAAGUUUUCAUCGGAACUCAGAAUUUAUUCAUCAUAAGAGGAUCCACACUGGGGAGAAACCAUAUACAUGUAUGGAGUGUGGAAAGAGCUUUGCUCAGAAAGGAUGUCUAAUGUCAUGA